UCAUAAAAACAAUGGAUGACAUCGACGAAAAAGUAUUAUCCAUUGUUCAACCACAAAUGGAACCACUAAAAAAUAUUUACGAUAGUGACAGCAAGUUUGAAGAUAAUGAGCCUUCAGUGCAAAUAGAGAAACAAAUAGAAAAUCCUAGUUCAUCAGCUUUCGAGGAUAAUCUGGAGUAUAUAUAUAUUGUGUCUGAUGAUGGCCAUGAAAAUUUUGCAAGCACUUCUGCUCCAACCACUGCUGAAAAAGAGUUGCCAUUCAAGGAGAACUUGGUAACUACUCCUAGUAAGCAAGAUAAGGAAAACAAUUUUAACAUUGCAAAUGGUCAACAAUCCUGGGUAACAAGAAAUACACCAACUAUAAAAAACAAAAAGAAGACUGCUGUUGUGGAAGCAAGAGAAAAUAUCGCCUUAUUGGCUUCUAAUAAGUCAAGUUUAGUGGAAAUGGAGAAGUCUUUGCUUCUAAGUAAACAUGAAGAGGAGAUGAAAUUAUUGAAACUAAAAAUAGAAAAUGAAGAAAAGCGGUCUCAAGUAUUACAAGCAAAAUUACUAUAUUACAAAAACAAAUAA